AUGAGGGUGCCCUGCGCAGGGCAUGGAGAGGUGCGCACUGCGCCUCUCCUCCAGGGGCUGUGGGAGAGCGUGAGAGCGGGCCGGGAGGAGGUCCUGCUCUCCCCUUACCUGCCCGCGCUCUACGGCUUCGUGACCCACGUGCUGCUCUGCGCACCUUUCCUCGCGCUGGACGCGCUGGGAAGCGUCUGCCGGCGGGUCCGCUCGUGGAGGAUCACCGCAGGCUCGGGUCCGCCGCCGCCUCUCCGCCGCUGGGUUGGCUGUUUUUGGAGGGUGCUGUACCGAUACCUGACCACCGUCCUCCCCGCCACCGCGCUGUUUCACACGGUGCGGAGCCCCGCAGUGCCGGAGCUGGCUCCAUCCUGCUGGCAGUUCUUCGUGGAAGUCUUUGCGUGUUUACUGCUGUUUGACACGCUCUUCUUUAUGUGGCACGUCUGCAUGCACAGGUUUCCCUGGCUCUACCGCAACAUCCACCAGCUGCACCACCGGCACCACAUCCCCUUUGCUCUGGCUGCCCAGGACAGUAACUCGGGCGAGCUGCUGUCUCUGCUGCUGCUGGCUCUGAGCAGCGCCUGGGUGCUGGGCUGCCACCCGCUGAGCGAAGCCUUCUUCCACCUCAUCAACAGCUGGCUGGCGGUGGAGGCCCACUGCGGCUAUGACCUGCCCCUGGCUCUGCAUAGGCUGCUGCCCGGUCUGGGAGGAGCCCCCUGCCACCAAGCCCACCAUACUCUCCUCAGCGUCAACUACGCCCCCUACUUCACCCACUGGGACCUCCUCUUUGGCACAUUCCGUGCUCCGGUGAAGCGUUCACAUCCGGAGUGACAAAAAACUGUUGCACAUAUGCACUGUCUUCCCUAGGCUUGUUGAAGACUUACAUUUUUUGGGAGCAUCAUCAUUUUCAUAUCUGUGUCUAAAACCUUGGAAAAGCUAGAGCAGGUAAUAACUAGCACUCUAAGAGCUUAACCCUCCUGUUGUCCUCGGGUCAAAUUUGACCUGUUUUCA